GGAUUAUCUGUAUGGGAUCUUCCCGAAGACCAAAAGCUAUUCAAAGACAUUGAUCCCUUUGAAGUCCACGAAUAUUCCGAGCUUAACCAUCUUAGCCUUAUCUCUGCAUUGUUAGGCCCUGUUCCAAAGGAACUUCUCGAUAAAGGGACAAGAACUGAUCUCUUUUACAAAUCUGAUGGGCAAUUCAAAGGCACUACUAUUGCACCAUUGAACUUCACCUUUGAAAAUUCAUUACGCAACAUCCAUAACGAGGACAAAAGAAUGUUCAUUGAGUUUGUCCAAAGGAUGAUAAAAUGGCACCUGGAUGAACGAAGUACCGCAAAGGAAUUACUCCAGGAUCCGUGGCUUUAUGCGGACUUUGAUGAUGAUUGA